AUGACGCGCCGCAUGAGCCUUCUUGUCUUCGCAGCUGUGGCUGCUGCAGCUGUGGCCGCCGAUGCCGCCGCAGAUGCCUGUGACCAAAGUGUCUUGUUGCAGACCCAGAAGACUCAGAAGACGGAGUCAGGAUGGGAUCCUACCAAAGACGAGUGCGCAGGUCGCGGCGGCACGGUGUGGGACGAUGCAGGGAAGCAUUGCAAGGAUGAUGAAGCUCCUGCGAUGCCGGACUGUGGGGGUGGCCCCCUUUCAUGUGAUGACCAUGGGUGCAAGUGCCAGGGGGAUGUCAAGGCCAAGACUUUGAAGGGCGGCUGCCCCGAAGGCACGAAACUGAAGCUUUCUAUUGAUGGGAGCGGAUGCGUGGAAGACAAGCCGGAGGAGCCGAAGGAGCCGAAGCCUGCGAGGUGCGAGUUCAUGGGCAAACUCUCGCACCUCAAGAAGGAGUAUGACUGCGGCGCCUACACUUCCGAGAAGGAAUGCUAUACCAAUCGUCUCAAAAACUGCGCAUGGAAACCAGCGGAGCCAUGA